AUGGAUUUCGGCGAGAACAUGAAGAAUCCCUUCCUUUUCGAUGACCCCGCACCACCAGCUGAUGUUGGGGAAUCGACUGUCAACCCCUUCCUUAUGGGAGGAGCGUUUGACUAUUCUGAAGCAAGUUACACAGGUAUCAAUCCAUUCAGCGACCAGAUUGAUGAUUCCAAUGCCGCUGCAGCCGGUUUGUUUGGGGACACAAUGUCCUAUCCCACCGAUAUGAAUCCGUUUGGCAUUGUAACUUCAGAUGUAUCUCAGUUUGGUGAAUCAAUGCCACAGACCCAGGAAGACUUUUUUGGAACACCUGUCUCCCAAGUAAAUGAAGUUUCUGAAGACUUUUUUGGCAGCCCUACAAUGCCUCCAGCUAUCUCAGAGGCGGCACAGCCUUCCCCAAUACGUCCAGCGGUAUCGCAGGUGGCAUACCAUCCACCAAGACCUCCAGCUGUCUCAGAGGUGGCACGCCACUCACCAGUGCCACCAGCUGUUCCACAGGUGCCACAUCAUUCACCUGUGCCUCCAGCCCGACCGCCGGCACCAUCCUCCCCUAUUGUAGAUCUCAUGAGUGACGUUCCUGUUGAUACUCCCACAGCUCCAGGAAGACCACCGCCACCCAGACGGCCACCACCUCCAUCCAAAGAGACAAAAGAUCUAUUACAAACUGUUAUUGGAGCCAUGGAGGCAACAACAGACACAUUACAUGAAAAACUUAACAAAACUAGGACUCCAUGCCCAUCACCUGGAAGUGGGGCUGCCAAUUCCCGCAGCCCUACACCAGACAUUCAUGUGACCUCCCCGAAAAGGGAUUCAGAUGCCUUCAGCGCCAUAUUUGGACAAACUAUAGACAUGAGUGAUCACGAGAUGGACGAUACAAAGGCUGCUGCUAAUGCAUCUCCGUCUCCUGCAUCUGCUACCUCAGAUGAAUUCGAUCUAUUUGGUGACGCCCAACCUCUAAAACUAAUAACCAAUCAGGAUAUUCUUAGUUUGUUUAAUAAGCCACAAAAGAAACAGUCACCACAUUUUGAUUUGUUAUCAGAUGAUUUGCUGGCAUCAUCAGUUCCCGCCAAACAUAUAGCAGCAGAAGAAACUGCCUCGGACCUUCUCUCUGGUGCUUCCUAUGACGAGAAAAAGCAGAUGGAUGCUAUAUCUAAUGAAGAAGAAAGCAGAGCCCAAGAUCUCCUCACGCCAUCUGACAAAGAAUCUGUUUCAAGUGAGACGCCUGCAGCUACUGAAUCAUGUCUUUCUACUGACAUCCAAAGCGAACCGGCACCAGUAGAAGAAUCUGUGUCACCAGAGCAAAUUAGUGAGAAGACGGAUAGCGAACCAACAGUGAUUGAAGCUGCUGCUCAGGAUGUGAAUGAAGCCAAUAAAAUAGUAGUGGAGUCUGAGGCCCAUGAUUCUUCUUCUGCAAAUGAGGAAAAACUUGAAGCCAUGGAGGUGUUUGGUUCUCCUGAGCCUGCUCCUCCAACAGUGAACAGCGAGCAGCCGAAUUCCCCAGAAGUCUCUAGCCAUCUGAGCACUCCAGUAAAGCCAUCUCAACCUGAACCAGAGACAGAUCUCGGUAGUUUCGGAGAUCAAAGCAAAACAGAAGUAGUUGAUGCAUUCGGUGUAUCAGAUGCUCCAACAGCCAUAGUUGAUGCAUUCGGUGUAUCAGAUGCUCCGACAGCCAUAGUUGAUGCAUUUGGUGUAUCAGAUGCUCCGACAGCCAUAGUUGAUGCAUUCAGUGUAUCAGAUGCUCCGACAGCCAUAGUUGAUGCAUUCGGUGUAUCAGAUGCUCCAACAGCCAUAGUUGAUGCAUUCGGUGUAUCAGAUGCUCCAACAGCCAUAGUUGAUGCAUUCGGUGUAUCAGAUGCUCCAACAGCCAUAGUUGAUGCAUUCGGUGUAUCAGAUGCUCCAACAGCCAUAGUUAAUGCAUUUGGUGUAUCAGAUGUUCCGUCUUCCACGAGUGAGUCAAAGGGUGAUGUAAUGGAUGUUUUUGGGAACUCCACCCCGUUUGGUGAAACUGAUGCAUUUGCACUUCCAGACGCAUUCGGAGAGCCCUCUAAACCUGAUUCAGGAUCUGUGCUAUUUGGGGAAACUUCAAGUUCAUUUUCGAACUCUACUCCAACCAGCGAUUCUUUUUUCGGUGCUGCACAAACCGCCCCUUCAGCUGCUAGCCUCUUCGGAGACAUCUCAGAGCCGGUGCCUCCACCGUCUCCAGCAGCUAGUCUCUUUGGUGAGGUGUCCCAUCCUGCGCCUCCAGCUUCACCAGCCUGCAGUCUCUUUGAUGACAUCCCACAACCGGUGCCUCCAGCUUCACCUGCAGCAGAACUCUUCAAUAACACCUCGUCAACUGGUUCCUCAGGUUUUGAUCUCUUUGGAAGUGAAACAGCUCCAGUUCCAGUACCUUCAGGUGCAGACUCUACAGGGGCUGCUCUCUUCGGCUCCUCAGCUCCCGCACCAAACGUUGGCAUGAGCUUAUUUGGAGCAGGUGACGAGCCUUCGUUAGACAUCUUCGCAGAGAGUGAUGGUAACACAAUGGUCAAUCCAUUUGCUCCCCCGUCCACAACUUCCACUGCAGCACUGACCAUUGGGGCAGCGCCUACCUCUGCAAGUGGGGUAAAGGUCGCAACAGACGAGGAAUUUGAUGCCUUCUCUGCUAGAUUCGACAGUGCUACAGGCGAGGAAGGAGACGAACUGCACGUCGACCCAUUUGCAUCCGCAGCACGAGCACCUUCACCCUGGGGUGAGACGACUGGAUCUGGAGGGGCAGCCAGCGAAGGCUUCGGGUUUGGCGACAGCGCUCCCUUCGACGCCUUCCUGGCCAUGAACGAGCCGCCGCCGCCGCCACAGUCCACACCGCGUCGCACCGCCCGCCAGUCUUCGGCAGAUUCCGAUGAGGGACCAAUGAGUGUAGUCAUCAAACCAGCGGGACUUGAGGCCUCUGGGGCGUCACCGCGAGGCUUGUCGCCCGUCCCCGUGCUGGCGCCGCCUCCAGCAGUCACCUCCACCGCCUUCACAGACUCCUCACCCAGAUUCAACCCCUUCGACCGAGGACCUGACGACGUGGGUGUGGCCGCCAUUGAUGCUACCGUUCGCCCCGGGGAGCUGGAGAGGACGGACUCCCAGGAGACGCCGCCGACGCCGCUGUUCGAGGAGGACCAGUCGCAGCCCCUCGAGGCUUACCCAAGGACCCAGCUUCCCGCCCCCAUCUUCGAGAUGCAUCUCCGUCAGCCCAACAAGAAGAAGAUCACAGGGCAGAGCCUCUCUCGCUUGAAAGACGGCCAUGGAGGUUUGACGAACAGGUUCUGGAAGAAGGUGUUCGUGAAGCUGACGGACGGAGCCCCAUGUCUGCAGCUCUUCAACAGUAAGGAAGACAAGGAUCCCUUCCAGGAGCUGCCUCUCCAGGCCUGCUACUCCGUCUCCGACAUCGGAGCGCAGCAGUUCGACCAGUUCGGAAAGAUCUUCACGGUGAAGGUCCAGUACAUCUUCUACAAGGAGCGACCAGGUGUUCGUCCCGGCCAGGUAUCCAAGGCAGAGCGCCUCACCACUAGGAUCUCCAAGUUCGCCCAUCACGCCAUCGCCGGCGACUACGAGCACGUGAAGGAGUUCGCCAGCGACGUGCGUAAGCUGGGCAUGCCGGUGGAGCACGCCCCACAGAUCUCCCAGCUCCUCAAGCUAGGCACUCAAAACUACGAAGAUCUCAAGGUCUUCGCGUCGCUGGUGGAGGAGCAGCUGUUCACCCUGGCGGUGCUGCGGGACCGGGCCCUCAACUACAAGUCAGAGGAGGUACAGCUGACGGCGGUGGACGAGAUCUAUGUGGAGCAGGACCACAAGAUGGUUGUCCACAGGAUGAUCGCCAGAGUCAGAAUAUUCUUCCUGGGAUUCCUCUCAGGUAUGCCGGACGUGGAUCUGGGUAUCAACGACAUGAGGAAGCAGGGGCGGGAGGUGGUGGGCCGCCACGACAUCAUCCCCGUCAUCACUGAAGAGUGGAUUCGUCUCGAGGCCGUUGAAUUCCACUGUUGUGUCAAUAAGGAGGAGUUUGAGAAGACUCAACACAUCAAAUUCAAACCUCCUGACGCCUGCUACAUCGAGCUGAUGAGAUUCCGUGUUCGUCCCCCGAAGAACAGAGAGCUUCCUCUGCAGGUCAAGACGAAGGUCACCAUCCAGGGCCGGCGCGUGGACAUCUUCAGUGAGAUCCUGGUGCCUGGGUUCUCAGGCAGGAAGCUUGGGCAGGUUCCUUGUGAGGACGUAGUGGUGAGGUUCCCGCUGCCUGAGUGCUGGAUAUACUUGUUCCGCGUUGAGAAGCACUUCAGAUACGGCUCCGUCAAGUCAGCACACAGAAGAACAGGCAAAGUCAAAGGCAUAGAACGGCUCAUGGGUACUGUAGAAACCGCGGAAUCUGCGUUGAUGGAGGUCACUUCAGGUCAAGCUAAGUAUGAACAUCAGCAUAGAGCCAUAGUUUGGCGAAUGGCUCGCUUGCCCAAAGAGGGCCAGGGAGCAUACACCACCCACACUUUCACCUGUCACAUGAACCUCUCUGCAUAUGACCAGAUUCCUGAAUCCUUAGACAAGUACUGUUACUUGGAGUUCACUAUGCCGGCCACCACCGUCAGCCAUUGUGUGAUGCGCUCAGUCUCCGUCACGAGCGAGGAACCGCCUGAGAAGUAUGUGAGGUACUUGUCGCGACAUGAGUAUCGUAUUGAGAUGGAGUUCUCCUCGGGAUCUGGCCCAGCUGACUACAUCGCUGCAACCAUGAAAGAUCCAGAGCUACAGCAGAAAGAAGAGGCUGCACGCAAGCAGCAGGAACAGCAGCAACAGCAGCAACAGGCAACUAAAGACUCUAGUAGUGAAGACUCCUCUUAACCUCCGCCUGCUCAGGCCUACCUAACUCACAACUUAAUGGCUACCUCUGCCUCCUUGGCUAGAGCUGCUCCAGCAUAACAGGGUUUUAAAUAAAAAGUGUUGUAAGACGCAUUUAAGCGUUUACUGGUGACUGAGGCGUUCACCAAGACACCGUACACGAUCUUGAGAAGCAAAAUGCAUGUUCUUGUGUGGUGCUCGUAUUAAACAUUACGUUUAAACUGAGUAGGAAGUGCUAGUUUAAACACAUUAUGCGAUAUUGCCUAUUCUGAUGUAAUUGCACAUGUAUAUUAUAUGAAAUUCUUUUGGCAACAAAACAGAGAAAAAUAUCUCGUAGUGCCUAACUUCGUAUUAUUAUUUUUGUGCCAAAAGCGAACUGUUUUGAAGACUAUAAAUCGAGCUGAAAUAUUGCUCAGCUAUCGUAACGAUAACUAAGGUGAAGUAACUAAUUCCGUGUAGUGUAUUCUGUGAGCUAGCGCAUCGAUAUUCUUACGAUGGAGGGCUUGACUCUUCGUCUCAUGCCACAGUGGAAAAGUUCCUUGUAGUUGUUGUCUCUAUGAAGAUUAUAUUAAAAAAAAAAUUAUUCUGAAAGAGUACUCAAUGAGAUUAAAAAAAGAAACAUGUCAUGAUGUGUUAUCUUAUCUGCCUGUCUAAAUAAUACCCAGAACUGUGAUAGGUUUUUUUGUGGGGAGGUUCCUUGAGGACUUUUUCUGAAUAUGGUUCACUGCUCAUUGCUUGAGUCACAAACUAAGUGGUCUAGUUACCUUGAUUAUUGUAUAUUUUGAAGUAGGUUGAAACGCGUGCAGAACACAUAUCUUAUUUCAUAACUGACCCUGUUAUCGAUGAUUGCUUAUAUGAUAUAUAAUUCAUUGAUAAAGAGGUUAUACAAACAUUCAAAUCUAGUUGUUACACUAAAUAAAUUGACUAUUUAUCGCAUGCAGUAAAUUUCCUGUUGACUAUUUGAAUCUUCUGGACCUGUGCCCAGUAAAUAAAAAUACCACGAAAUGUAAAUUAGCGGAAAGUGCUUACCACACUGAGAUCCAUGUCAGUUGUGCUUAAGCCGACCGUCGCGUCGACCUAAGCAACACUCCCCCCUCCCUACUCUCUCUCCCGUUAAAAAAAAUAUUUUAUUAAUCUAAUUCGGCCUAUUUAUCUUGCAUCCUACUUUCUUUUCUUGCAUGUUCUUCAAGGUAAUAAAGUAUGCAUAAUCUUCUAAAA